AUGUUAAAUGGUUCAUCUGGUUCAUCUUCUUUCGACAAGAGGAAAAUGCUUAUGCUUCUAGCUAAGUCUUUGGCAAAUAUUUCUUUUAUUCCCCCGGAAAAGCAUCGUUUCUUUUUUUAUUUUAAUGCACAAUAUUGCAUUUUCAAACCAUUUAUUUUCUAUUUUCAGAUAUUCGAAUAUUCAAUUUCGAAUAAUUCAACAGCUGUUCAAUUAUCGGAGUGUUUCCAUAAUUUAAUCUUAUUUGUUCCAUUUAUAUUUCUUUUAAUUGCAUUCCCUAUUGUUCUUUACGAUCUCAAGAAGAGUGAAAAUGCAUCAAUCAGUUUUAUGUCGCCAGUUACACUUCGUAUCGUACGUAAUUUAAGGACAAAUAUGGUGGCUUUUAGUUUAGCAGUAUUACUUAUGAUUGGUUGUCGAAAUCGUGGUAUAACUGCUUCAGGUGUUUUGUUUAAUUUUUGGCUUCUCAUGGUUUUUUGUGGUUUGUUCGAAUUUAAACAACAACUAUUUAUCUUCAUAGAUUCGGACCAGCAUUAUAGUGCGAUCGAAUUUUCAAUCCAUUUAAUUGUUUAUAUAUCAAAGUGUACCGGCUUUAUUUCAUCUUGUUUUGCUGAAAAAUCUUUUUAUUUUGGAAGAGAAGUGAGAAUAUUGUUAAUUCAGAUUUCAGCUUCACCGGAAUUAUUUUGUUCGUUCCUUAACAAAGUAUCAUUUCAUUGGUUUACUAAGUUGGCUAUUACCGGAUAUAAACGACCACUGGAAAUAUCAGACUUGUGGGAUUUAAACGAUCAAGAUUUAUCCGAUAAUGUUGCAUCUGAUUUCAAUAAACACUGGAUGCCAUCAUUUCAAGGUUUUCUGAAUCUCCCCUGUCCAGCUGGCAAGACCAAUGAUAUGCCAUCAGUAGUCUGGGCACUUUUCAAGACAUACCGCUUCACAUUAUUAAGUGCAUUCAUAUUGAAAUUCAUAUUUGAUCUUCUUCUUUUCACGGCUCCUCAGCUUUUAAGUUUAUUUAUCUCGUUCAUUCAAGAUCGUAGCCAACCAUUAUGGAUGGGUAUUGCACUCUCUUUGCUAAUGUUUGUCGUUGCCUUAGUCCAGUCAUUAACUCUUCAGCAGUAUUUCCACCUUACCUUCACUUUAGGGAUGAAUGUUCGAGCUGCUUUAAUAUCAGCUGUUUAUAAAAAGGCGUUGUCUCUAUCAAAUGCUGCCAGGAAGAAUCAUACAAUUGGUGAAAUUGUUAAUUUAAUGACUGUUGAUAUACAACGAUUUCAAGAUAUCUGUAAUUAUAUUAUGCUUUUUUGGUCGUCGCCUUUUCAAAUGGUUCUUUCUCUGUUUUUUUUGUGGCGCCUCCUAGGAAUAUCUGUCCUUGUUGGAGUGGCAGUAUUAUUUUCGACCGUUCCAAUUAAUUCAUUUUUAUCCGUUCGAAUGAUGCGAUGUCAGGCCGUGCAGAUGAAAUAUAAAGAUCAAAGACUUAAAUUUAUGUCGGAAAUUUUAAAUGGAAUCAAAGUGUUGAAAUUUUAUGCUUGGGAAGAAAAUAUCGAAGCAAUGAUUGAAAAGCUUCGUGAAAGAGAGAUUCGAGUAUUAAGAAAGGCGGCUUUCUAUAAUACUGCUACUACACUUACGUGGGCUUGUGCUCCAUUCUUGGUGGCUGUCUUAACAUUUGGUUUAUAUGUUAAUAUUGAUCCUGAAAAUAAUGUGCUUACACCACAAGUGACUUUUGUUGGCUUAUCUCUUUUCAAUUUAUUACGUUUCCCUUUGGCUACAUUUGCUAUGGUAUUUAGUCAAACCGUUCAAUCGCUUGUCAGCAAUUCAAGAAUAAAGUCUUUUCUUACUGAUGAGGAAAUACCAGCAUUAAUUACUGAAGAUGAUCGAUCAGGUUUUUUUGAUAUUUGUAAUAUUUCAUGCAAAAUCAAUAUGAGGUGGAUAAUUUCAAUUAGAUGGAAAGAUAUGGAAGAAGAAAAAGAAUUUGAUUUUUUAUCUGAGAAAUGGCAUGGUUCGAUCUAUUUUUUUUAUUACAGUAAAUAUUAUAUUUCUCAAUCAAUUUUCAGCAUCAUUUUAGAAAAUUCGGUAAUUAUUCAAAAUGGUAAUUUUUCGUGGAACGGCGAAAUUAUAUUAAAAAAUUUAAAUUUGACUGUAAAGAAAGGUCAACUCAUUGCGAUUAUUGGUAAAGUUGGGUGCGGUAAAACCAGCCUGCUUUCAGCAAUAUUGGGGCAAAUGAAAAAGCAUGAUGGUGAAGUACAUGUUAGGGGCACAGUUGCUUACGUACCUCAGCAAGCGUGGAUUUUAAAUAUGUCUCUAAAAGAUAACAUACUUUUCAAACAAUCAUUUUCUUCUCAAUUUUAUUUUUCUGUUUUGAAGUCAUGCGCAUUACUAACUGAUUUAGAAACUCUCCCAGCUGGUGAUCAUACUGAGAUUGGCGAGAAGGGUAUAAAUUUAAGUGGAGGCCAAAAGCAACGUGUAAGCUUGGCUCGCGCAGUUUACGCUGAUAAGGAUAUUGUUCUCUUAGAUGAUCCCCUUUCAGCAGUUGAUAUGCACGUUGGAAAACAUAUUUUCAAUCAUGUAUUGUCGUCUCAUACUGGAUUGCUUCGUGAAAAAACUCGAAUUUUAGUAACGAAUGGUUUGCACUAUUUGAAAUAUUGUGAUCAAAUAAUUAUAAUGAAUGAUGGAUAUAUUUCUGAAACUGGAACUUAUGAUGAACUUACAAAAUCGGGCCGCUUUGGUGAAUUUAUUGAGGAAUAUUUUUCUGAAAUGAAAGAUGAAGGAGUUAGUGAAAUACAAGUUGAAGAGCUUAAAGAAGUUUUGAAUGCUGUAGAUAAAGCAGAUAUUGGGAUAAGAGAACGACUGGAAUCAACCUUAAGCAUAACUUCUCAUCAGAAUAUUCUCACCGCUGGUCCCAAAAGAUCAAUUCAGCUGUCCAAUGCACCGGAUUUUUUGAAGAAUGAGAAUGAAAUAGUUAAAUCUGAAAAUAAUAAUAUAUCAAAAAGAAGAAUGGAGGCUGUUCCGCUUUUGGACGAUAAAAAUUUUAUCGCCGUUCGAACUAAUGAAAAAUCAAAACUUAUCGAUAAAGAAACUGUUGAAGUUGGAAAAGUCAAAUGGACCAUAUAUCUUUCAUAUAUAAAAGCUGUUGGAUAUUUUAUUACUUGCCUUUUUUUUUCUAUAUAUAUAUUCUCGUCGGUACUAGGUGUUUUGGCAAAUCUUUGGUUAGCUGAUUGGUCUGAUCAUGCAAAAGCGAAGAAUAUAACUUCAGUGAAUAAUGCGGAUGACACAAACUGGCGACUUGGUGUUUAUGCCUCACUUGGAAUGAGUCAAGUUAUCGCAGUAUGUGUUGCUUCAAUAACAUUGGCGAUGGGGAUGGUAUAUGCUGGUCGUUCUUUACAUAGUGGAAUUUUGCAUAAUGUGCUCAAUUCUCCUAUGUCAUUUUUUGAUGUCACACCCGCAGGGCGAAUAUUAAAUCGAUUUGGCAAAGUUACAUAUUCCUUCUUCAAUCUACAGGAUAUCGAAGUAAUCGAUACAAAUUUUUGUUUCGCAGUUCGUUCAUUUUUUAACACCGUUCUUGAAGUCACCAUGACAAUGGUCGUCAUUUCUUAUUCAAUACCAUCUUUUCUAGCUAUAUUCCCAGUACUGGCUUUCAUCUACUUCAAUGUGCUGGAUAUGGAUACGUUAGAUUCACGACUACCAUCUUCACUUAUGACGACGAUUGGUGCAAUUAUUCAAGGCAUUCAUAUGAUCAUUAUUCCAAUCAUAAUCACUCCAUGGAUCGCUAUUGUUCUUGCUGCUAUUUGCAUUAUCUACCUAUAUUUAAUGCGUUUUUAUGUGGCUACUUCGAGGCAGCUGAAACGUCUAGAAUCAGCGACUAGAUCUCCAAUUUAUUCUCAUUUUCAAGAAUCUAUCCAGGGAACAACUUCAAUACAUGCUUAUCAGUGUGUUGAUCAUUUUGUGCGUGAAUCACAACAGAAAAUUGACGACAAUCUAGUUAUAUAUUAUCAUUCAAUAGUGGCGAAUAGAUGGCUUGCGGUUCGUUUGGAAUUAAUUGGCAAUUUAAUAGUUUUUUUCUCGGCUUUAUUUGCCGUUUUAAGCCGGCAUGGUGAAAGUGAAAUUGUGACAGCAGGUCUCGCAGGGCUGUCGCUUACUUAUGCAUUAAACAUUACUCAAACACUAAACUGGGCGGUACGAAUGACAAGCGAACUCGAAACGAAUAUUGUUUCAGUGGAAAGAAUUAAGGAAUAUAGUGAAAACCCUGUUGAGGGUAGUGAUAAUGAAGACUGUUUUCCGAAGCCACCACAAAACUGGCCUUCGAAAGGUGAAAUACGCAUUGAAAAUUUGGAGCUGCGUUAUAGAUCAAAUCUCGAAUGCGUUUUGAAGAAUAUUUCACUUAAUAUCAAAGCGUCAGAAAAAGUCGGUAUCGUUGGGAGAACAGGAGCUGGUAAAAGUUCUUUAACUCUCGCUUUAUUCCGAAUAGUUGAACCAUGUUCUGGUCGAAUUCUCAUUGAUGGAAGAGAUAUCGCACAAAUGCCACUUAAAUCACUUCGUUCGAGAAUCACUAUUGUUCCACAGGAUCCUGUAAUUUUUUCGGGCACUCUUCGCAUGAAUCUCGAUCCUCUUGAUGCUUUCGGUGAUGCAGCUAUCUGGAGAGCAAUAAAAUUAGCCCAUCUUGAACCACUUAUAUCUUCUUUGAGUGGUAAACUGGAUUAUCAACUCUCUGAAGGUGGCGAAAAUUUUAGUGUAGGCCAGCGACAGUUGCUAUGUUUAGCUAGAGCUUUACUUCGGCAAACAAAAAUAUUGGUUUUGGAUGAGGCAGCUGCAUCAAUAGAUUUUGAAACAGAUGCUUUAAUUCAACGCACUAUUCGAGAGCAAUUCAUUGACUGUACUAUACUCACUAUUGCUCAUCGUUUAAAUACUGUUAUUGACAGCGACAGGUAUAUUUUAUAA